AUGGCUCUACAAAAAAUACAUUAUUUCUCAACAGUUGUGGUUUUCUUUGCAUCUUUGUUCUUUCCUUCCUACGACGCUUCGGAGUUCGACGUCGGUGGCAACGACGGCUGGGUUUUAAACCCUUCUGAAAGUUAUAGCCAUUGGGCUGCCCGUAUAAGAUUUCAAGUUAACGACACUCUAUUGUUUAGGUACGAGAAAGGAUGCGAAUCGGUGUUGGAGGUUGGCGAGGAAGAUUAUGAAAAAUGUAACGGCGAAAAUCCGAUGAAGAAAAUGGACGAUGGAUAUUCUGUUUUGGAGUUGGAUAGAUCUGGACCGUUCUAUUUCAUUUCUGGAAUUCAAGAAAACUGUGAAAAUGGACAAAAAAUUGUUGUUGUUGUUCUUGCUCCCAAACACCAUAAUGCUCCUCCUCUUGAUCCGCCGCCGCCGAAAGGCUGUUCCUCAACGGCUUCGCCGCCCGGCGUGGGGGGCGUGGCUCCCUGGGCUAGUCCUCAGAAUGGGUCUUCGGUGACUUCACCAUCUAGCCACCGUCCCAGCGCCGCUCCGCCUAAAGGGCCUUCGGGUUCUCCGCCUGGAGACGCUCCGACAGUUGCUCCUGCAGUGCCGCCGGCAUUUAAUGCACCAGCGAAGCCUCCGGCGGCGGCGGGGACUCCCGAACCACCUUCGCCAAAGCCAUCUUCUUCACCGGCUUAUUCUGAUACUCCUUUACCAACGACGCCAGUGUCGCCGACGAAAUCUCCUCCGGCGGGAGAGGGUUGUAACGGUUCGAGUAUCCGAAGCGAUCCGGCGAAUGUUAAUAACUCGCCGGCGGGUUCACCUCCACAGCCAACGUCAGCGGCAAUCCAUCUUUCAGCCAUAUUGGUUCCAACCUUCAUACUUACUAUGUGUUUUGCAUUUGGAGAAUUUAUUAUUUUUUGUUAA